CUCCCCGCAUCUUCCCGCAUCUCACCGCGAAAACACUCGCCUGGGGGUUUACCGUCGGUGUUUUACAGGAGUUUAACCAGCGCUCACUAGCUAAACAAAGCUAACUAGCUGUAGCUAGCACUACUUCUGAUAAGCGCUGAAGUUAGCCGUUUAGCAUGGGAGCAGCUAGCUAGCUUUUAAAAAAAUAAAUAAAUAAAUAAAAAAUAAUACAUAAUAAUAAUUGUUUUUGAGUACAGUAUCUGAAUAGUUUAUCUGGUUAGUGGCUAGGGAUCAGGAGUUAGCCGGUUACUUGCUAGCUAAUCGCUAAUCAUAGCUAACUUUGUGUUGUUGUUGUUGUUAUGAAUAAUAAUCCGGGUAAAUUUUAUAAAAUUUAAUGAAAUUUAAGUCUUGCGUGUGUGUCCUGAUCCAGCGUUAGACACCAUUGCUGAUGAGUAAGAAUAUGAAACGGUCUUCACAAUGACGUCUCGAAUCGUGAAAACCUACAGCCGCAAGGCGGGCGACGGGACGUCCAAGUUCGACGAGGUCCUGUCCAACAAGCGCGCCACGCUCAGCACCAAAUGGGGCGAGACCACUUACAAAGCCCAGCUGGGCUCCAAGCGACCCGGCAUGAAGGCCGACCGACCCGACCGGACCAAGAAGCCCAAGAUGGCGGAGGACGACGGCUCCGAGGACCCGUUCGGGUUCGACAGCGACGACGAGUCGAGGCCCGUGUCGUCCCGUAACGCGUCCAAGUCUCCGGCCAAGCUGGGCUCUGCGGAAGCCGGUCUGACCCUGGAGCCUAACAGCCGGGUGAACCAGCCUGCCAGCGUGGAGGCGGCGGCGCCGGCCCGGCCCCCUGCCCGCCCCUCGUCCACGCUGAGCGCAGAUAAGAGCGCUGCUCGCCUGCCGGAGGACUCGGGGAAGUUCUUCAGCAGCUCCACAUCAGGCAAGACCCACAGCUGUUCCAGCGAGAACGCGGAACGUCACAGCUACUCGUGGUACAGAAACGCUUCAGAGAGCGACCGCAAACCGCUAGCCCAGACCACCACCCUGAAGUCGGAAAAAUCCGAAGACAAGGAUUCGUUUGACGCGUGGGGCGCUAUCGUCGGACUGGGGUCCCGCUCCACGUCGCCGCUUUCAGCCUCCAGAGACCCUCCGUCCAGCACGUGGACCUCCGGCAGCAGCCUCCUGACCAAACCUCCUGUCGAGACCUGCGUCACCGACGUCGUCCAGGGAGACCUGGAUCUCCCGGUGGAACCUUCGGAAUCGGAAGACCACUCGCAGUCGCUGCUCAGGACCUCCAACUGCAGGACGUACUGCAGACCUAACAAAAGCAAGCCAUCUGCCUCCGGAGGCACGGCGAACAGCGACGGCGCGGGAUCCACGAAGUCCGGCGAUGGUGAGGGCAAGAGCCGGGGCAGGAUGAGGGACUACACGGUCCUGCACCCGUCCAGCAUGUCCGCCUGCAACGUCACCAUUCAGGACUCCAUGGAGCGGGGAAUGGAGGAGUACACGCCGAGCGCCCCGGCGGCUGAUCCGGGGGAGGCAGGAAGGCUGAGGAAGAAAGCUGAGCCCGAGACCAAACCUGCCAGGUCCAGAUCCACACAGAGCAAGACCAAAAAGGAGAGCAAGCUGGAUCUCUUCGGCUUCGACGACGGAGACACUCCCUCUGCAGAAGGAGACUCCGCCUCCUCGGGCAGCUCCAACUACAAGAUCAAAUACUUCGGCUUUGACGAGCUGAGCAACAGCGACAGCGACGCGGCCGAGGACGAGGACAAGCCGAGGAAGACCAAGAGGAUGGCCUCCGUACCAGCGGAAGCUUCCGGAGCGGCAAGUGUGGACGUUUCUCGACCUAAAGCAUCUCAGGAGAACAGCAGCACAGGUCAGAAACUCGGCCUCCGGCGAGAUCCUCCGGAGAUGCCUGAGGUGAACUCGCGCGCCGCGUCCGAGGCGCCGAAGAGGCCUCAGGCCAAACCUCAGGAGAAAGCCAAGGAGAGCAGCAGGAGGAUCUUCAGUGGACCUAAACGGUCUCCUACUAAAGCUGUGUAUAAUGCAAGACACUGGAACCAACCAGAACCUGAAGAGCUGCCUCCUCCUCCUCCAUCUGCAUCACAGGCCGCGCCGGCCAGCUCAUCCGGCAGCAGUAAAGAGUCGAACUCGCAUAAGGGAGACGAGGGCGUGUUCAAGACUCCGCCCCUGCCACCUAAAGUCACCAAGUCGGUCACUGUGCCCACUGAGCCUUACCAGGACAUCGUCACUGCACUGAAAUGCCGGAAAGAGCACAAGGAGUUAUAUACGGUGGUGCAGCACGUAAAGCACUUCAACGACGUGGUGGAGUUCGGGGAGAACCAGGAGUUCACAGACGACUUCGAGUACCUGGCUACAGGCCUCAAGAGCGGCCAGCCUCUCAACACUCGCUGCCUUAGUGUUAUUAGCCUGGCGACACGCUGCGCUCUGCCCAGCUUCCGCAUGCACCUGAGGGCCCGGGGCAAAGUGGCACAAGUCUUUAAGACCCUCAAUGAUGCCCCCCAGCACCCUAACCUCGCUCUAUGCACGGCGUCCCUGAUGUACAUCCUGAGUCGCGACCGUUUGAACAUGGACCUGGACCGGGCCAGUCUGGAGCUGAUGAUCCGCCUGCUGGAGCUCGAGCAGGACAAGACAGCGGACAGCCAGCUCUCGGCCAAAGAGAUGAGCAAAGUGAAGGAGCGGAUCCGCAAGCUCUGCGAGACGGUGCACAACAAGCACCUCGACCUGGAGAACAUCACGACAGGGCAUCUGGCCAUGGAAACGCUGUUAUCGCUAACAUCGAAAAGAGCCGGAGACUGGUUCAAAGAGGAGCUCCGGUUACUGGGAGGACUCGACCACAUCGUAGAUAAAGUGAAAGAGUGUGUGGAGAACCUGAGCUGCGAGGACGAUAAGGAGAAUCUGGUGGCGUCGCUGUGGGGGGCUGAGAGAUGUCUGCGCGUUCUGGAGAGUGUCACUGUGCACAACCCAGAGAACCAGGCCUACCUGAUUGCCUACAAAGACUCCCAGCUCAUCGUCUCUUCGGCUAAGGCCCUGCGUCACUGUGAGGAGAUGAUCCAGCGCUACAGCCGGGACGGGAGCAGGAGUUCGUCAGGGUCAUCGCAGCCCCACUGCAGCGUGGGUAAAGCGGUGCAGGACUGCAUGAGAGCCGUCAUCGGCGUCCUGCUCAACCUCACGCACGACAACGAAUGGGGAAGCACAAAGACGGGCGAGCAGGAGGACCUGAUCAUCACGGCGCUGAACUGCGUGCUCAGGGUGCCUCAGUAUCUGCCCCAGGAGCAGCGCUUCGACAUCAGAGUGCUGGGUCUGGGCCUGCUGAUCAACUUGGUGGAGUACAGUGCGAGGAACAGACACUGUCUGGUGGAGAUGGAGAUGGAUGGAGGCGAGCUCUGGGACUCCGUAUGUGUGUCAGACAAAGAGGAGCUGAACACAGAGGGCUCACUGAGCGCCAUCGCUGCACUGGUGAAGCUGUUCCUCCAGCGUGAGCACGCCGCCGUCCUGGCCGAGGCAGAGACGGAUGACUUCAUCAACGACGUGCCCACAGAGGCGCUGGACCAGAGCGGCGAGUGGCAGGAGACGUCCGGAGAGAUCCAGUGGGUGGCGUCGGAGGACAAGGGCGCGGACGAGAAGAAGAAGAAAGACGACGAUGAAGAGGAGCUGGACCUCAACAAAGCUCUCCAGCAUGCAGGGAAGCACAUGGAGGACAGCAUCGUGGCCUCGUACACUGCACUGCUUUUGGGCUGCCUCUGCCAGGGAAGCCCUAUGAACGUGAGUACUGUGCGGGAAAACCUUCCCAAAGGUGACUUCUCCAUAAUGACAGAAAUGCUGAAGAAGUUCCUAAAUUUCAUGAAUCUCACUUGUGACAUGGGCACCACGGGCCAGAAGUCGAUCUCUCGGGUCAUCGAUUACCUCGAGCACUGCUAGUGUGUGAGCGGAGGUCGACUUGACACACACACACACACACACACACACACACACACACACACACACACACACACACACCCCUGUCCGGACAGAGGAAUGCAGAGACCCACCAGCAGCUGGGCGUCAGCAGUCCUGUUCCUUGUUUUUUGAAGAACCCACUUCUUGCUAUGCUCUGAUGAUGUCACGUCGCAAAUCAGCCUUAGAGGAACACACACACUUUUCAUUUGUUUAUCCAUCACUCGCGUCGAUUUUGUGUUGGAAGCCGAGCGAUACGACGUAGCUUUGAUUCAGCCGGCGUAAGAACAAACCUGAGCGUCAGUUUUUCCUUUGUGACGCUGAACUGCGCUUUGUUCAGGUGCAGCAUCAGGAAAAAAAAAAACCGUGCAGUGGAUUUGGCCGGUUAGAAUCCGAGCGCACGAGGAAACCUCUCGUUGAUGAUAAAACCGUAAACCUGGCACUGAACGAGUUCGAGAAUCCGAGCGCUAAUCAUGCUAAUCAUGCUAAUCAUGCAGUGCGUUGGCGUGGAGCUGCGUGACUAGCGACGGGAAGGCGCGGCACGGUUAGCUUAGCCGUGUAACGCCUCGAAGAUCUAACGCUGCGUGUUUAAAGUGCUCGAAUGAUGAAAACACACGUUUAGGAAUCAGUGCUCAGUUCAGCUCCUCUUCUGUUUUUUUUUUUGUUUUGUUUAAUAUUUUAUUAAAUAAUUUAUUUGGCUUUAAGGGCACUGCAUGAUUUUUAAGGUGAAUGUCAGUACAAAGCCCUUAAAGUUUAUAAUGUUUAAUCUCCCCUCAGCCGGUUUCUUAACCAACACCUUUAAAACACGCCUCCAGUUCCAGUUACGUUCAUUUGUGUUAACGCUUUUCCUUCACGAAUCCAUGUGAUGUGUUUAUUCCUCUCUCGAUGAAAUUGGAAAUGAAUUCAUCAUCCAGAUGUACAGAAAAAGACAUACAAGGUGUUUUUAUUAUUAUUAUAAUUAUUAUUAUUUACUUUCAAUUGAUGCGUAUUAUCAAAGUGUGUGUUUUCUUUUUGUUGCCUGCUGCAAACCUUUUUGUUGGUCGUUUGUCUCCCUGCAGAAACAGUGGGGUGUGUGUGUGUGUGUGUGUGUGUGUGUGUGUGUUCGCUCUGUUAGGGCUGUUCAGUGCGCUAACCAUCGCCGUUCUCUUAACUAUGGAAAUGAAUGGAACCACACAGAUGUACAUAUUUCUGUAAAUAUUGGCUCUUGGAAAUCUAGAAUGAUAGACUACUUUUCAAAAUCGAACCUUAUUUUUAUUUUAUACAGCUUUUUUUGUUUUUUUUUUUGUUUUUGUUUUUGUUUUUUUGUUUUUUGUUUGUUUUUUUUUUUUCCUCUCAGUUUUGUUGAGGUCAAAUUUAAGCUGCGUCCAAAAGCCAACUGCAGGAUCCUGGACACUUUGUACCAAUUUCAAAAAUAAUGCCUUUGAUUACUUGUAUAUAAUUUUAACUUGAAUAAAAAGUUGUUACUUUCACUA